AUGAGCACACCUCUAGCCUUGCCCAAUCUGCUCGAUGUCUACUUUUUCAAGGGCAAAAUCAUUCCACGCAUCUCUAUCGAUGACUUUGUAGCUUCCGAAACGCGAACACCGGAGAGCAAACGGAACGCACUUUCUUCCAUAUUUGUUCCACAGCGUGUGCCUACGUUCGGCCUUCUGAUUGUGAUCGGCGUCCUUGCUGCCGUUGAGCGGGGCGUACGGGCAGCUCCGGUCAGAGAUUUGGACGAAAAUUUGAUUUUCUUCGAGAACAAUCAAGACGAGAAUGGCUACAACUUUGCGUACAAAACGAAAGACGGUCAAUACCGGGAGGAGCAGGGUGUCAUCAAUCCGGAAACGGGAGUGCUGACGGUGUCCGGGGUGUACGGAUACGAAGGUCCAGAUGGAAAGACCUACGAGUACAACUAUGAGUCCGAUGAGAACGGUUAUCGUAUUGUCACUAAGCCACCACCCAUAGGGUUUGCUCCGAUUCCCAACGCCGUGCUGCUCUCCCUCGUCGGUUAA